UAAUUAUGCCCAAUAAUACACACAAACACUACUUCACCCAACUCACUUAAAAUUACACUUUUUUCAUUGAAUCAAAUAUAAUUCUUCUUUAUUAAGUCUCCCAACAUCGGAUCAACGUUGUUGUAAAAAUUUCCGGCAAUGGGGAUUUCAUUUAAGGUCUCCAAAACCGGUACAAGGUUUAAGCCCAAACCAAUACAUCCCCAAAACGAAGAAGAAAACGACGUCGCUUUUGAAGCUAAUAAAGAAAGGAAUUCAGUAAAUGAAUCCAAUUCCACAUCUGCUGCUGGAAAGCUCACGGGUGCGGUUGUGCUUGGGAGCAAGGAUAUUACUAGAGUCCCUGAUAAUGAAGUUUCCUUCACAUUGUGCCUUUUCCUGGAUGGAUAUUCUAUUGGGAAGCCCUCUGAGAACCAACAUGGGCAUCAAGCCUCUGAAAAUGUUCCGAAAUUAUUGCAUCCAUAUGAUAGAGCAUCUGAAACUCUCUUUUCAGCAAUUGAGUCUGGACAUCUGCCCGGUGAUAUAUUUGAGGAUAUACCUUGCAAAUAUGUUGAUGGGACCCUAGUCUGCGAGGUGCGAGAUUAUCGGAAGUGCUUCUCUGAAGCUGGACAAAAUAUGCCUUCAGACCCUGGUUGUCCCAUUAUUAACAGAGUAUGUCUAAAAAUGUCACUUGAAAAUGUGGUGAAGGACAUUCCAUUGAUUUCAGAUAGUGCUUGGACAUAUGGUGAUAUGAUGGAAGUCGAAUCCCGGAUAUUAAGAGCCCUACAACCACAACUUUGCUUAGACCCCGCCCCAAAGUUAGACAGGCUCUGCAACAACCAAGCUUCCUCAAAGUUAACAUUGGGUAUAAGCAAUCUAAGGAGGAGAAGACUAAGGCAGCAUCCAGAUGUAAUUUCCACGUCUAAUGAUAAGAUCCAUGGGAAAAAUGUUUGCAUAGAUAGAGUGCCAGAAAGUUCGAGGUCAUCAGACACUGGACAGCUUCUGCUGCAGCCUGCUCAUGAGAAUCUGAAUCGACAAAAUAAUGGACCAACCAAUAUGUUGGCACUAAGAAGUAACAGUUUUGGGUCUGAGACCUCUAUUCCAGCAUCGCCUUCAGUAUCUCACCAACCAAAGUAUCAAAUGGGGGUUGUGAGUCCAAGAAUCAUGCAGGACCAUAGGUCAGGAGUUUUAAAUGCACCAGUAGCUUCUCCUGCUGCGCCAGAUAUGAUGCUUCAAUAUGCGGAUGCAAUGGGCUCUGGUGCUGCUUCUUUACAUGGUAAGAGAGAGAAUCAUGAUGGCCAAGCAUCUCCUCUCUCCAACUUGAAUAAGAGGGCAAGGUUUACACAUAUGAGUGCUGAUUCCAAUCAACAGCAACUUAUAGGCGGACAAAUAGAUGGCUCUCAUGCUCCAGAUUUGCACUGGAAGAGUUCUUUAUUACAGCAGCAUUCAACUCCCAGGGGAAUUGCAUAUGCUAAUACAAGCAUGCAAAAGUAUCCCCAACAGAUUUUUGAAGGGGGUCUGAACCAGGAAGCUGGAACAAUGCCAUUCACUGCAGGACAGCAAGGAAUAAAGUUUAACUUAAAGGAAGAGCCUGCUGAGAUAGAAAGAUUGGACAAAUUAGAGCCAGGAAGGACUAAAAAUGAGAUGCAGGUGGUGGAAUCGGAUAUGAACCUUAUGGAAUCCCAGCAGGCCCGACUAAAGCAGAGACUGCCUCAGCAGUUUAUGCGGUCUGGCUUUCAUCAGUCUCCCUGGAACACCGUUGGUCAGCCUCUUGAAAAUAGUCUCCGGAAAGAGGACCCAUAUCAGAACAGGAAAAUAGUGCAAAGUCCUCGUGUUUCUGCAGGAGGUUUGCCUCAAUCUCCUUUAUCGUCUAAGUCUGGAGAGUUUUCAAAUGGAUCUGUAGGAGCUCAAUAUGGUGCAGCUGUGACUAGUGGACUAAUACAAUCAAUGAAGGAGAAGCAAGCAGCUGGUGGAACAACAUCUAUGACUUCUAGCGCCAAUGAUUCCAUGCAGCGGCAACACCAGGCUCAAAUUGCUGCAAAGCGGAGAUCCAAUUCUGUCCCUAAGACCCCCAUGAUGAGUGGAGUUGGUUCUCCUGCCAGUGUCAGUACCAUGAGUCUUCCAAUAAAUGCAAGCAGUCCUCCUGUAGGAUCUACACAUUCAGCAGAUCAAACCGUGCUUGAAAGGUUCUCCAAAAUUGAAUCGCUGACAAAUAGGUUUCAACUUCAUCCCAAAAAGCCUAAGGUCGAGGAGUACUCUAGCAGGAAGCCGAAUUCCUUUCGUACUCAACAGCUGCUAAUUUGUCUUUCCAAUGAUUCAAACAAUGAGAAUGUUAAAGAUGAAUCUUGCAAAAUGUUGUCAAAAUCACUAGUAGGUGGCAGUACAAAUGUUUGCAAAAGAAGAAUCUUGAAUUUUCUGCAGACAGAACGCAUAAUUCAAGGAAAUGGUUUUUCAUAUGUUCCUAAGGUGCGGACUAGAAUGAUCAUGUCAGAAAAGCCAAAUGACGGCACUGUGGCAAUGUGUAUUGGAGAAAUAGAUGAGGUCGAUUACUCGACUGCAGAGGAUUACCUCCCAACGCUGCCGAAUACUCACUUUGCGGACUUGCUUGCUGCACAGUUUUGUUCACUGAUGGUACAUGAAGGAUACCAUGUGGAAGAUCAUGUCCAACCAAGACCAAUCAGCAUGAAUCGUUCUUCAAGUAAUCAAACUAACGUGCCAGGAAUGCCACCAAAUGGGGCAGUAGCUGAUCUGCAGCAAUACUCCGAAGGGGUCUCUGGUUUGUCCAAUGAGCUUGCAAGGCCGUCUAGCGGUAUUAAUUCAUCAGUAAAUUCACCCCAGAACAUGCAAGGACAGAGAAUACUGCCUUCUGGGAAUGCUCAAGCAUUACAGAUCUCUCAAGGACUUUCAAUGCCUUCUAGACCUCAACAAUCUGAUCAGUUAUCUCCUCUGCAGCAGCAACAACAGCAGCAGCAGCAGCAGCAGAAUCAACAUCCUCUGAUACAACAGCAACAUCCACAGUUACAAAGAUCCCAGCUAAUGCUUGCUUCGAACCCAAUGUCUCAACUAGUUGGCCAGAAUUCCAUGCAGCUGGGUAAUCAAAUGGCUAAUAAAUCAUCGGCAUUGCAACUUCAGCUAUUACAACAGCAGCAGCAACAGCAGCAGCAGCAGCAGCAACAACAACCAUUGCAGUCACAGCAUCCACAGAUGCAGAGGAAAAUGAUGAUGGGUGCCCUUGGUAAUGUAGGUAUGGGGAACAUUAGCAAUAACAUCGCUGCGCUUGGUGGCCUUGGUAAUGUUAUGGGCAUGGGAGGUGUAAGAGGAGUUGGUGGACCUGGAAUUUCAGCUCCAAUGGGAGCCAUCGCUGGCAUGGGCAAUAUGUCUCAAAACCCAAUAAAUCUGAGCAACGCAAUCAACCAGCAACUUCGUAAUGGUGCACUCACUCCACAACAAGCUAUGAUCAUGCAAUCCAAGCUGCGAAUGGCACAGAACCGACCAAAUAUGUUGGGGAGCCCACAGUCAAGUAUAGGUGGUAUUACGGGAAUGAGACAACAAAUGCAUCCAGGCUCUACCGGUCUUUCAGUGUUGAGCUCUCUGAACCGAGCUAAUAUUAAUCAAAUGCAGAGACCAGGAAUGGGUCCAAUGGGUCCACCAAAGCUAAUGGCUGGUAUGAAUCCUUACAUGAACCAGCAGCAGCAGCAGCAGCAGCUGCAGCAACAGAUGCAGUUACCACAGCAACAAAUGCAGCAGCAGCAGCAGCAACAUAUACAACAGCAGCAGCAAUUGCAGCAACAGCAGCAAGAGACAGCUUCGCCUUUACAGGCUGUAGUUUCACCUCCUCCAGUGGGCUCACCUUCAAAUCUGGCAAUGCCACAACAAAUGAAUCAAAAUUCCCAGCAGCCGCAGCAGCAGCAACAUCAACAGGCCAGUCCACAGCAGAUGAUGAGCCAACGAACUCCGCUCAGCCCACAGCUGAGUUCAGGGGCUAUACAUCCUAUGAGUACCGGUAAUCCAGAGGCAUGCCCAGCAAGCCCUCAGUUGAGUUCACAAACCAUGGGGUCAGUAGGUAGUAUAACCAAUUCUCCAAUGGAGCUACAAGGUGUGAACAAGAGUAAUUCCAUCAAUAAUGCCUAAUUGAGAUGGAAGCUUCAGCUCCUUUGAAACUGUAAGGUGUUGGUAUAUCACCCCUCCCAUGUCUAUGUAUAAAUCUGGUAAGGUGCCAUGAAGACGGAACAAAAAGGCGCCUCUGGCCAGUGCUUGUUGAACAGAUGUCUUUGAAGGUUGUGGAACAUGGAUUGUCUGGUUUGUUGAAUCCCAAAAAGGAAACCAAAAAGAACUUGGGACAUGGUUUGCAAAUUAUUCGUUCUUUUGCCUGGGAGAGUGAAGAGGCAGCUUUUAAUCUCCUGAGCAGGCUGAACAAACUCAUUCGCCGAUGUCGAUCUGUGAUAAGCUGGUAGAGCAACUAUUAUUCUAGGUUUAUUCAUAUGUUUUGGGUAUACUAUAUGAGAUGUCUAAUCCAAUUUGUCUAAAUAUGUUGUGAUCAAUCAUACUGUAGUUCAAUAUGAAAUUGAUAGCAGAAUAUAGCUGAAAUCAUAACUGGUGGUAUUAAAGGAUUUACUUCAGUCUUGCAUGAAGGCAGUGACAUAGUUGUAAUCCUCUUGGUUGAUAACGUGUAAAUGAGUACAAUGUUUAUGUGUAUAUAUUCUUACUUUCCUGCUAAAAGAAUCAGAGUAGUUGGAUCAGAAUGUAAA